AAUGUUUUUAUUUACAUUUAGAGCAUCGUGAAAUCGUGAAUAGGAUUUGCGAUGAAGAUAGUAACGCUUACGCCCGAUAAAAAUGACGAAAGGUUUACCAUUACGGAUGAUUCGUCGAGUACGAGUUUUGAGACGGGGAAGUCUAGUACAGACUUUCCCAGUUUUCCUGGUUCUGGCGUUGAAUGUCGAAAGAGGAUGAGGAGAGAGGCGGACAAUCAGUGCAUGAAGUUCUUGGAGAACUUCGAUCCUGACCGAAGCAACAGGGAGAAACGGAAGAUGACUCAGAAGAUAGAAGUUGGUUCUGGACUUGGUAUUUCUGGAGGGCGGGUGUACGACGAGCGGGGCGUGCACAUCGCCACGGGCCUGGACGUGUGCGACUGCAUGAGCGACGGCUGUCCCGGCUGCCGCUCCAACAAGUGACGUUGCACGUUGCAGGCGGGUGUACGACGAGCGGGGCGUGCACAUCGCCACGGGCCUGGACGUGUGCGACUGCAUGAGCGACGGCUGUCCCGGCUGCCGCUCCAACAAGUGACGUUGCACGUUGCAGGCGGGUGUACGACGAGCGGGGCGUGCACAUCGCCACGGGCCUGGACGUGUGCGACUGCAUGAGCGACGGCUGUCCCGGCUGCCGCUCCAACAAGUGACGUUGCACGUUGCAGGCGGGUGUACGACGAGCGGGGCGUGCACAUCGCCACGGGCCUGGACGUGUGCGACUGCAUGAGCGACGGCUGUCCCGGCUGCCGCUCCAACAAGUGACGUUGCACGUUGCAGGCGGGUGUACGACGAGCGGGGCGUGCACAUCGCCACGGGCCUGGACGUGUGCGACUGCAUGAGCGACGGCUGUCCCGGCUGCCGCUCCAACAAGUGACGUUGCACGUUGCAGGCGGGUGUACGACGAGCGGGGCGUGCACAUCGCCACGGGUCUGGACGUGUGCGACUGCAUGAGCGACGGCUGUCCCGGCUGCCGCUCCAACAAGUGAUGUUGCACGUUGCAGGCGGGUGUACGACGAGCGGGGCGUGCACAUCGCCACGGGCCUGGACGUGUGCGACUGCAUGAGCGACGGCUGUCCCGGCUGCCACUUCCCCUGCCCGCGCUGUCGCUCCAACAAGUGUGGCCACGAGUGCAGGGUGAACAGAAAAUGGACCAUUGAAAGCAUUGAUGUACAGUGCAAACGACAAGAGAAGAAGAAUCUAUUGUUGAAGAGCGGAGGAAGACAGUGAUGUCUUAGUGUUGUGUUUGAGCAAGUGUGCAUGUGUGCGUAAUUAUUAGUGUGAAUUCACUUAAUUUUGUUUUUUUUGUUAUCUGAUAUUUCUGAUUUUUGUACAACAAUUAAUUGUUCAUAUUGAUUGAAAUAAUUAAAAAAUUGUUUGCUUGGG